CCCACAACACGCCACACUCUGCAAGGGAAGCCAACAAUCCGCAUCCUCCAUUCCGGCUCUUUCGUCUGCUCCUAAGGAAUCCUGCUUUGUUUUAUGGGAAGACAAGAGUGGGGGAAUUGCAGCUCAGAAGAGUUUAGCAGAUAUAUUUGGAGACUUUUUCUGCUUAAGCAAGCUGACUGCCAAACCUGAAUUGCCAGCAGGGAGAGCGAAUAAGCUAACAGCUAAGCAGCUGCUGUGAGUUUCAGCCUGCCUGUGGUGCAGGUUUUUCAAGUCACACACACCUGCCUGACACACUCUUUCAUUCACACACACACACGUGCGGUUUGAGGUACCCGCCUGCACAGGUACUUAAACAUUCACCUAGGACCAGAGCUGUUUAAAGAAGAUCUGAUUGCUUCCCAGUUUGCAGUGAUUGUCUGGCCGGUGCAAAGAGAAAAUGUCCGCAGAAACGGCCAUCAGCCCCACAGAGGAACAGCUGGAGAUCUUGGAAUACAACUUUAGCAAAGUGAACAGGCACCCUGACCCAACCACCCUUUGCCUCAUUGCUGCGGAGGCAGGACUGUCUGAGGAAGAGACCCUGAAAUGGUUCAAGAAGCGCCUUGCGGAGUGGAGGAAAUCAGAAGGGCUCCCUUCAGAGUCUGGGUCUGUCAGAGACUGACUUGAACUUGCUUUCUGGAGACAACCCUGGAAAACUGUUGUGGAACAUGUUACUAUCAAAACUAAUUUUUCUGUUAUUUAACCUGCCGCCUUAUUUAAACUGUACAUAACCUGAGGGGGGAAAUAAUAAUGAUAUAAAAUCAUAUAUACUGGU